AGUGACGUUUGACGUGCGGCCUGUUCCCGCCCUGCCUUUCGCCGCUGUUCGGUGGCGGGAACUCGGGCUGCUUGCUGACGGCGGCUACCGUAAGGGUUUCCCCCAGCCAUUCUGGCGGCUCGGGACUUCCUGGGCCUGAGAGUCUCCGCUUGGGGAACGGGGCUAAGACUUCGCGACCACCUCGCCCUUUCCCUGCUGCGGAAACCUCAGGAACGAGCCGGUGGCGUCCUAGCUCUCAAGACGUGCAGCUAAAAGGCCCAGGCAGUGCCCGGGGACACACGCGGGGAGCCGGGGAGAACAGGGUGAAGUAACCAUGCAGGCAUUUCUAAAAGGCACAUCUAUCAGCAGUAAACCACCAUUGACUAAGGAUCGAGGAGUAGCUGCCACUGCCAGAAGUAGUGGAGAGAACAAGAAAGCUAAACCUGUUCCGUGGGUGGAAAAAUAUCGCCCAAAAUAUGUGGAUGAAGUUGCUUUCCAGGAAGAAGUGGUUGCAGUGCUAAAAAAGUCCUUAAAAGGAGCUGAUCUCCCUAAUCUCUUGUUUUACGGCCCACCUGGAACUGGAAAAACAUCCACUAUUUUGGCAGCAGCUAGGGAACUCUUUGGGCCUGAACUUUUUCGAUUAAGAGUUCUUGAGUUAAAUGCAUCUGAUGAACGUGGAAUACAAGUAGUUAGAGAGAAAGUGAAGAAUUUUGCCCAAUUAACUGUGACAGGAAGCCGUUCAGAUGGGAAGCCAUGUCCUCCUUUUAAAAUUGUGAUCCUGGAUGAAGCAGAUUCUAUGACCUCAGCUGCUCAGGCAGCUUUAAGACGUACCAUGGAGAAAGAGUCUAAAACCACCCGAUUCUGUCUCAUCUGUAACUAUGUCAGUCGAAUAAUUGAACCUCUGACCUCUAGAUGUUCUAAAUUCCGCUUCAAACCUCUGUCAGAUAAAAUUCAGCAGCAGCGAUUACUAGACAUCGCUGAUAAAGAACAUAUCAAAAUUAGCAAUGAGGGACUAGCUCAUCUUGUUAAAGUGUCAGAAGGAGACUUAAGGAAAGCCAUUACAUUUCUUCAAAGUGCUACUCGAUUAACAGGUGGAAAGGAGGUCACAGAAAAGGUGAUCACAGACAUUGCUGGGGUAAUACCAGCUGAAACAAUCGAUGGAGUAUUUGCUGCAUGUCAGAGUGGCUCUUUUGACAAACUAGAAGCUGUGGUAAAGGACUUAAUAGAUGAGGGUCAUGCAGCAACUCAGCUUGUAAAUCAACUUCAUGAUGGGGUUGUAGAAAAUGAUAACCUUUCUGAUAAACAGAAAUCUGUCAUUACAGAAAAACUUGCUGAAGUUGAUAAAUGUUUAGCAGAUGGUGCUGAUGAACAUCUACAGCUGAUCGGCCUCUGCGCAACUGUCAUGCAGCAGUUAACUCAGAAUUGUUAAAACAUAUUCAGCAUGUAUUUUUGUGAACAAUUUAAAAUAAAAUGACUAAAGCACCUUUAAA